GUAAAAUAUUCUGAUAUGAACGAAAGUCUACAGUACUUUUCAAGGUUACUACUGUAGUGAAGGUGUUUAUUAUUCCUCAUAGGAUAUUAAAUGUUAUGUGCGAAAUUCACCACUAACCUUCAGCCAAAUGGAUAAACUAAACUCAGAUGAUAAUUCUAAAUCCUCGGCUAAUUUACUACUGCUAAGUCCAGAUAAAUCAAUGCCACAGAUCAUUAAACGUCUACCGAAAGAGGUAAUCAAUCGAAUUGCAGCUGGUGAAGUAAUACAACGUCCUGUAAAUGCAAUUAAAGAACUCCUAGAGAAUAGUAUAGAUGCUGGUAGUACAAUGAUAAAAAUUACUGUUAAAGAUGGAGGUUUAAAACUUAUCCAAGUUCAAGAUAAUGGCUGUGGUAUACAUCAAUCAGAUUUGCCAAUUCUAUGCGAACGUUUUACUACAAGCAAAUUAAAAGAAUUUUCAGAUUUAAGUAAAAUUUCUACAUUUGGUUUUCGUGGUGAAGCACUAUCUAGUCUCAGCCAUGUUGCCUUAGUUACUGUGACAACACGCACAGCAAAUCAGAACUGUGCUUUCAAAGUUAAAUAUCGUGCUGGAGUCGCUGAAUCGAAACCUGUACCUUGUGCUGGUAAUCCGGGAACUACUAUUAUCGCAGAGAAUUUAUUUUAUAAUGCACCAAUCAGGAAAUCUGCUCUGAAAAACGGAAGAGAGGAAUUGUCGAAGGUGACAGAUGUCGUUGCUCAGUACGCUAUUCAUUAUGCUCAACAGUGUGGAUUCCAUUUACAUUCUGAAAGCGCUACUGGGAAAAGUUCGAUUGAACAAGAUUUGCGUACAUCUGCUGGUUGGUCAAGAAUGGAUGCAAUACGUGCUGUAAUUGGUUCGUCCAUAGAACAGAAUUUAAUUUCUUUCACUAGUUCACAAUGUUCAUCUUCAGAAUCAACACGUUUAGCUAUAGAACGUUACGGUCUACGCUAUGAAGGUUUACUUACUGCGCUAAAUCAAGUUUCUUCAGGUUGUAGUCCAUCUUUAAAACUUAAUCUAUUCAUUAAUAAUCGUUUAGUUAGUUGUACACCAAUAAAACGUAUUGUUGAAUGUGCUUAUUCUUCUGUGAUUUCACGUGGUUUAUCGUCUAAUCCAAUUGAUCAACAUCAAGCAAUAUUAACAACUAAGAAAUCAUUUAAAGUAUCGACUAAUUCAAAUAUUAUGUAUAAAUCUUCAACAUUUAAUUCAUUAUAUGUAUAUUUGAAUAUACAAUUGCCUGCAAAUACUUUAGACGUAAAUGUACAUCCAACAAAAGCUGAAGUAAAUUUUCUUCAUGAGGAUGAAAUAGUUAAUGGACUACAGGAUGCUAUUGAACAAGCAUUAUUAUCAUCUGCACAAAUUCAAACAUUCAUUCGAAAUUGUUUGCCAACACCGAUUACUUUUAAAAAUCCUAAAGAAUUAAAUAUUCAUAAUGAUCAAUCAGUAGACAACGAUUCAAAAGAUCUUCAUUCAUCACAAGUUGUCUAUAGACCGAAUGAAAAAGUACGAAUUGAUCUGCGUGAACAACAACUUGAACGUUUUCUAUCACCUCAAUCAAAUUACAUGAAUAAUAAUGAUAAUAAUAUAGUUUUUAGUAAGCUUAAAAGUUUACAUAAUAAUUCGUUGAAAAAAUCUAUCGGUGAAAUGAGUCCGGAUAUUGAAGUUGAUUCUGAUGAAGCUGAUGAAAUUUUGAAAUCCAAUCUUCUUCAGGAAAAUAGUUCAUUGAAUUAUGAUGGAUGUGACUGGAACAGAGCAACUACUGAACAAUCCCAUUUAUUUCAUGACCAGAAAGAAAAGGAUUCCGACGAAAAUGAAGUAACUACUACAGCUCAAAAUCAUUUAAAGUCAUAUACUAAUAAUAAUGCAACCAUUGAUAAUAAUGAUACUACAGUUAGUUUAACAUCUAGACCGAUAAUAAAAACAGAUACAAGUUUAUCAUCUCAAAAUACUACUACUACUACUACUACUAAUGGUUUACUUAGCAAAUCGAAUACACUUUUAACUUACUCAAAUAAUGAUAUGAUAGAAUCAGUAUCAUCAAAACCUCGUCAUCGAACAGUUUAUUUAAUGAGUAUUCUUGCAUUAAAACGUAAUUUAGAAUGUGAUUUAGACCAGUCUAUUAAGACUACACUACGUUCAUGUAAAUUUAUUGGCUUUAUUGAUGAAACAAGAUGUUUAGCACAACAUCAUACAGAAUUAUUACUUAUACGUUUAAAACCUUUAAGUCAAGCAUUAUUUUACCAAUUAUUAUUAACAAAUUUCGGCAAUCAUGGUGAAAUAAUUCUUCGUGAACCAGCCCCAUUGGCAGAUCUUUUAUCGAUAGGACAUGAAUAUCUUCGGAAAUCUUCACGAUAUUUAUCUAAUAUCAGUUCAGCUGAAUUUGUUAAAAAAGCUACCGCUACUUUUGUUCAGCAUGCAUCUAUGCUCUGGGAUUACUUCUCAAUUAAAAUAACUACCGAUUCAAAUGGAAAUCAAGUGCUUACUGGAAUUCCUUUAAUUAUAGCUAAUUAUAUACCUGAAUUGAAUCAGCUUCCAAUCUAUGUAACAAAAUUAGCUACACUAGUUAGUUGGUCAGUUGAAUCUGUUUGCUUUGAAAAUAUUUGCUGUAUUACAGCGAAUUUCUAUGCAGUAUCAUCAUCAAGUUUAUUCGACGAUUGUUCUUCAUCGCCCGUAUCAUCUUCCAAAUCAAUCAUUGACGAUAAGUCAGAUAAAGAAAAUGCUGUAUCUUCAUCGUCAUUAUCACCUCGUGAAUGGAUGAUUCAACAUAUACUAUGGCCUAUUUUAUGUUCUUCUUUACUACCUAGUCGAAGAUAUCCUAAUUUCGAUUUAGAUCAUAAUGAAAAUGACAUUAAAUCAUUCUCUUUACAAUCUUGUUUCAUUCGUCUUACAUCAUUAACAGAAUUAUAUAAAGUAUUUGAACGUUGUUAAAUUGUUUUAAAUUGUGCAUUUAUUAUUAUUAUUAUUAUUUAAUUACUGUUGUUACUCAGGAGAUUCAAAUUAUAUUUUUUGAUGAUUA